ACUCCAAGAAUUGCUGAAGGAUUAACUGUAUGAUUCCAGGAUUACUGAAAGUUGGAGAGAGAGGAAAAUAAUUCUGCAUGAAGAAAGGAUAACUGUUGAAAUCCUGAAGAAAAUUUUUUUUUUAAUGGAUUACUAAAGAAGUCUUGAAAAUCAUUUGAACACCUGAUGGUUGAAGGAUAACAAUAGCCGUCUGAAACAUCAUAAACAAAACGACUUUGGAAUAUUCUACAAAUAACUUUUUUCCAAGACAAUUCAUUGAAAUUGUGAUGUCACUGCAGUAUAAAUGAUCUGUAAAGUUAAGAAAAUCCACUGUCCGUGCCAGCAAGACUGCCAGACCCUGCUAGAAACAUAAAAAUAAAUACCUGUAUAUCCUGAAGUUAUGGAUUUGAGGCAAUGACCUUGACCUUUGGAAGAUGACGGAAUUCCGAGGUGGUAUGUUGCAGGGAAUGCAACGAGGAACAUUAAGGGAUCAUGAAAACAACACAGCAUCGUUACUACGCGAGAUAGAUCUAGAUCGGAGAAGUACUUUAAAAGAUGCUCGUUAUGGAACAACGUCAACAUACAUGUCAGAACACCAGACAGGAACUGUGUUCAUCCGCGUGUCUGUCCCAGAAUUGAAAGUCCAGGUAAAAUGUCUGCAGUUUGAACUGGAUGAAUCUGUAUGGGAGGCAAAACAACGAAUUCUCACUAUAUUUUCAAAGGACUUGAAGGAUCCAUUGAAUUAUGGGAUAUAUAUGCCUCCGAUGAAUGGUAGAGCGGGAAAGUUUCUAGAUGAAGAGAGAUUACUCCGAGAAUACCCGCUACAUGGUCCUAUAGGAUUUAUAGAGUUUAAGUACAAGAGAAGAGUGUACAAGGUGAUACACCUGAACCCUAGAAAGCUGAAACAGCUUCAUAACAAGGCCAAUUUCCGACAGUUUAUUGAGCAUGUGAAGAAUGGGAACUUAUCAAAAAUAAACAAACUCACAAACAAAGGCCUUGAUCCAAAUUUUCAUGAUUCUUCCGGUGAAACUCCCCUGACCUAUGCUGUGUGCUUGCCGAAAGAUAAAUGCCGGGAAGUGAUAAUUACGCUGAUCAGUGGUGGUGGCCAUAUUGAUUUCCGUACAAGGCAGGGUCAGACACCCAUGCAUAAAGCUGUACUAGAGGGGAACCGGACAGCAAUACAGUCACUGUUAGACCUUGGUGCCUCAACUAACUAUAAAGACAGUAGAGGGUUAACUCCCUUGUAUUACAGCGUAUUGUACGGCAAGAAUGCUAACUGUGCUGAGAUCCUUCUUCAUGAACGGGCAAUUAUAGGCACACAAGACGAACAAGGAUGGUUUGAAAUUCAUCAGGCAUGCAAGUUGGGAUUAAUUCAACAUUUGGAACACCUUUUGUUUUAUGGUGCAGAUUUAAAUGUGACAAAUGCCAGUGGAAACACGGCUUUACAUAUUUGUGCAGUGAACAAUAACGAACAAUGCGCACGUAUUUUACUCUUCCGUGGUGCCAACAAACAUAUUCUCAACUUUAACAACCAGACCCCCCAACAAGUAGCAGUUAUAGCAGGAAAUGUUUCUCUUGCGGAACUCAUGAAAAACGCAGAAGAAAGCCAAGUCGUACCCUUCCGUGAGAUGCCAACAUUCAGUAAUCGUCGACCAAGACAGUCUAUGUAUGCAAGUACUUUGUCCCUCAUGUCUAGAAGUAGAAGCGACCCAAAAUUAAACGUAACAAAUACGAUAGAUGAUAGCAACAUUACAUCGCCACCAUCUUCCAUGAGAAGCUUACCGCAGCAUUAUCAGAUGUAUUCGGACUCAGGGUCAUACUCGGCAUCACGCGGGUCCGACUCUCCACGCUCUAUGAGCAUAUCCAGUAAUAGCUCAGGCCCAGGUCUAGCAAGAAUGACAGUAACUCCAAGCCCUUCCAUGCAUAGUCCUCAACAUGAAAUGGGUUUGAGGCGAGAUUUCUCUCCCUUGCAUAGACGAUACACCUACGCUGGUAAUUUGCUAGGAAGAACUAUUAGUGAAAGUUUAGAAGACUCGUUCCAUCAAGAAUUGCAAUUGCUGUGUAACAGAGAGCAUUCUGUAAGUGAUUUCCAUCCGCGGAAGCGAAGCACAGGGAGUAUUAGUGAGGAAAGCGAGGAAGUGAAAUUCAUUCUUGGUGCUGUGUCGCAAAAUGACGAAAUUGUUGAUAGAACCAGUCCAGAAAUAUUUAAAUUUCCUGAUACUCGUGAAUUAACUAAAUGGAAAGAAAAGCCAGUUCUGCAAGCAUCUGGGGGAUCAGGAUUACUUCAAGCAUCAGAAAUCCUGGGAAAAGUGAAUUUGGAACCAAGGCUUCUGGAUAAAACAUUUAUUUGCAUAGAGCCGUUCACACCGAACCAUCCCGGAGGAUUGGACUUAGCUGUCGGAGAUACUGUUCAAGUGAUGAGUGUUUCUGACACGGGAUUCUGGGAAGGCAUGGUCAACGAUAAAGAGGGAUGGUUCCCUGCUCAUCAUGUACAGGAAGUCCGACUCAGGAAUAAAGCUGGAUCAUUUGGUGACUUGUUGGCCGAGGAGUCAAGGGAAAAUACUCUCCUGUAUCGGAACACACUAGCCACACUAGUCAGGGCUGAGAACAGUGACUUUGGUCCAAGAACAGUGGUGCUACAGAGAGCCAAUGAGGGUUAUGGCUUUGUUCUACGUGGUGCUAAAUCUCAACUCAAGCCCAGCGGGGAGUUGGACUUUCGACCAACAGCAGAGUUUCCGGCCUUGCAGUACCUGGAUAGUGUGGACCCCGGCAGUGUGUCUGACAGGGCUGGACUCAAGGGAGGAGAUUUCAUAUUAGAGAUCAAUGGGGAGAAUGUUGUCAGAGCGUCACAUGAUCGAGUGGUUCAUUUGAUACGCAGCACUGGUGACACGCUAGCAAUGAAAGUUGUCACAGUGAAGCCGGCCAGUAGAUCACAAGACUGGUUUGUCCACCAGGACAAGUCUUUGACCAUGCCAAACAGGAAGAAGAAAGCACCUGCCCCUCCCCAGCGUGACCCUAGAACUUCUCUGUCAAUGUCAAGGUCAGAGGGUCAGUCCAUCAGCGAGGAAAUGGCUGUCAUGGACAAACUGGAUGAAGCCAUUCGUGAUAGGAAAGAGGCUGAGGAAAAGAAGACGGCAUCGAUUCGUAGUCGAACUGCAGCAAAACGUGUAUCGUGUGUAGAUAUGGAUAAUAUAGGGGUUGAUGGGAAACUUGAAAAAUCAAAAUCACGAAGCACACCAGAUUUACUGGACAGUGAAGCUAAAUCUCGGAAGAACAUUAUCUAUGCAACUCCAACAGUUCCUGACAAGAAAUCCAGCGAGCAGAAAAACGUUUAUGCAGUUCCUGGUGCAAAUGUACCGUCUUCUCCCACAGGUGUCCAGUUAAGACCUAAAGGCCCUCCCCCUCCACCACCAGCGGAGUCCACCUCUCCAAAGAAGAAGGCACCUAAACCUCCACGAAGCGAGUCUGGUGAUUCCUCAUCAAGUGAAGUUGUUACUAUUAACACUAGCAAACAGUCACCUUAUGCAAGUGUCAAAGUUUUAACAAAUAAAGUUGACAGUCCUGAUUCACCUUAUGAGUCGAGUUUUCGACCUGGUGCAUCAGCCAAACUUAGCGAGGAACCAAAUGAAGGGGCUGGGUAUAAACCUGGUCAUCAGCGUACACCUAGUGCAGGUGCUGUGUUAAUGAAAGAGUCUGAGAAACAAAAUGUAUCAUUUGCCGAGGAUAAAGUGCUUGACCAUGCUGCAGGAUUUUUGAAGAAACAUCCUAAUGCGAAACUUCUGAUAACUGCGGAAGGAAAAGAAAAAGUGAAGAAAAGGAACUCCAGUAUCUAUGAACCGGAACCAGACUAUGAUAGUGAUAGUGGUGAAGAAAAACCACAAUCUCCGGUCAAAAUGCGUGAUCCAAAGAAACAGUCUGUCACAGUGAUUUCAGUAGGUGAAAAGAAAGGUGCAACACAGCCUCAGACAAAACGCUACACAAUUCACUCCUCUAUUCCAUCAGAAGAGAAAUUCAGUGUACAAUCGCAAGGGUUUGUUAUUCCACCUCGUCCAGAUGGUCCAGCACCAGCUCCACCAACACAGGCAUCACAGUCACCUCAACAUCAGAAAAAAUCAGCAGCCCCAGCACCUCCUAAUCAGUCAAAAGUACUGACAGUAAAAGCAGAAGUUAAUGUGCAGUAUCUUACUAGGCAACAAGAACGUGAUGAAACUAGGGCUCCACCUCUGCCAGAAACUCCACCUCCAGACUUUGAUACCACACCUUCACCAAGGGAAGCUCCACCUCCUCCAACAGCAGCUCCACCUCCUCCACCACCACCCCCGCCUCCUCCUCCAGCACCAUCUUAUGACCAAAUCGUCAGAAGUAAAUCUGUUGUGAAAGCUGAUUACAUUGCCCCAGUUCCAGUACCAACUGAUGCUAUAGCGGCUGCUGUAGCAAAGAGGCAGGAACGUAUGCAAAAUGACGGUCUUAAAAUGACUGAACAGAAACCUAAAGCUCCUGCACCAGCCUCUAUUAAAGACUCGAAUCAGGCUGCAAUCUUAGCAGCUGUAGCUAAGAGGCGGGAAAAACUGGAGCAACAGUCGGAACAAUCUGUUAUUGAUGAUAUUGAAACUCGAUUACAAAAAACAAAGAAACUUCAGGCUGCAAAAUUCCAGAUAGCAGGUGCCAAAAGUACAAAGAAAGAUUCAGACACAAAAUCAAACGGUACUUCUCAAAACAAACUUAACUUUACAGUGCAAUCUAGUGCAGUUAAAACAGGACAAGCAAGAAAGGAGCCUGUUAAAGCUGAAAAAGAGGAAUUCAGUUUUAAAGUGAAGCCAGUAAAUGUUUCGGGUAUGACUGAAAUCAAACCAAAAUUUACUCCAAAACCUGUAUCAAGUGUAAACGCAGUCUCAAAACAAACAAGUGUGUCAAACAGUGCCAAAGCAAAAACCCAGGAAAGUCUUAAAGUAAAGCCAGCACCUCUUGAAAAAUCUACUCCAACUGGAGUGGUUAAACCUUCAGAUAAUAAGAACAAUGCUGAUAAUAAAGCAGUGAAUAAUACAGAAAAAGUAAACAAUGAGAAAAAUGUAAAUGGACAAUCUGAUUUCAUUGCUUUGGCAGAGAAAAAAAGGCAAGAGUGGUUGCAACGAAAGCAGAAAUCAUCGGAAUCAAAAUCAUCGACACCAGAAAAAGAAAAAUUACAAACAAAAACAGUUGAAAUUAUAUCUGUGGAUAACAAAGAUAAAUCACCCCCUGUUUCCGCAAAACCGAAAGUGACAAAAAGUGGUGAUCAAUCGUACACAGAAUUUCAGUCGCCACAAGGUUUAGUGAAGGUAAAGUCUGUGAACAUGAACGGAGAUGUAAAUAGAAAUGGAACUACAGCAGACUUAACAAAUGUUCCCCCACCUCCUCCAGGAUUUAGAGAUGGGGGAAAUAGUGAAAAUACGGUUGUGCAAUUAGAGAUUAUACCUCCACCCGCUAAUUUCUCCUCCGACAGCGGCACAGACAUGAGUCAUCAACACAGUCCAGCAUUUUCUCCGGACACAGCAAGUCUUGUGUCUUCUCUGUCAACGUUGUCGUCAUUGUCAGGUGAUGGGCGGGGCAAUGGAUAUGAAGAUGUAAUAGCUCCGCCUCCACCAGGUUUUGAUGAUGGGGAUACAUCUGUGAUACCUCCACCCCCAGAGUUUGGAAAUGAUGACGGAGAUAAUGUAAGGAAAAGUAGUAAAACUUAUAAUGACAAACCGGUCGAUCAGUGGCUGUGUAAUGAUGUUUUGGAUUGGCUAGACAGUUUAAAUAUGAGCCAAUACAAAUCAAGCUUUCAGAGAAACUGUAUUGAUGGGAAAAAAUUGGUAGCAUUAUCUAGAAAUAACUAUAUAGAUCUUGGUGUGACGCAAGUAGGACACAGAAUGAACAUUGAAAGAUCAAUUAAGAAAGCUGCCAUUCGACAAAACAGUGUGUCAAAUAAUAUAGUUGCCUCAGAGCGUUUGUAACUCAAAUUUUUUAGUGAAACGCAGUUGUGGAAUUUUAAAAAGUACUUUGACGAUACAGAUUGCGCAGAAUAAUGUCGAGUCAGAAAUACACUAUAUUCUUACAGUGACAAUGUCAGACAGACUCUGUAUGAGGACUUUAUUUAUAAGAUGACAAAAGUCAAGAUUCAUAAAUGAGUGAUUAUUUUGCAGACUGUGAUCCUGUGAUUGGAUUUUACUAGAAUUUGACAGAAUUUCAUUUCAAAUGACUCUGAUCAUAAUCCAGCAUAUGUGUUAUAAUAUAUGUAUAGAAGAUACCUGGUGUGAAUCUUGUGAUAAUCUUCCUAGGAUUUUUGUUGAGAUCCAGAUUAGAACAUUCUUUUAAUUGACGAUUCCUAGUUUCGGAUUUAAAUUGAGAUAUACUUUUCUUUCAGGAUGAAUGCAUUAUUCAAAGAAUCUAGAAUUUCUAUAUAUCAAUAUUGGAAUUUAUUUACCCAGACUAACAUGUUAUAAACAUAUAUUGUAUAUAUUAUAUAAAGUAGUUAUAUAUUGUAAUAUAUUGAACUUAGUGUACAAACUUUUAUUAUAUUACACAUUUAUUUACAAAAGUUAGUUUCUAGCAAGAACUUAAAGCAUUCCAGAGAUUUUAAUGUUUUAUGGUAUUUGAUCUUAAUUGGCACCUUACUGUAUGUUUUAUCAGCAUCUAAUGUUUGAUUCACGUAUUCUAUGACUGAGAUUUUUUUAGCUUCAUGUUAAAUACUUCAUAAUAUGAAAAUUAUUAUUCAUUAAACAGCUCAGUGGCUCCAAAUAAAAACUUCUCUUAACGUUCCAAGUAGUUUUGAAUUUGUCUUACAACAUUCCAUUUUAGUAGCAUGUUUUUUUUAAUCAUUGGAUUUUCAAGUUUUAGGGUUUUUUUUUCUUGUUGCGAUAUGUUCCUAAAUCUUUUGGAAACAUUAAGUAUAAAAAACAAUAUAUAAAUUUAAAAAUGCUGUACAAUUUUUUGGUGAUAUUCGCACUGGUUUUAUUUUCACUUAUAUAUAAGAAUUAAAUGCUAGUUUUUGUUGUGUUUAUACAGGUAUAAACCACACUGGGACUUCUUGUAAAUCCAUGAAUCGUGUUAGCACUUCUUUCCAUACGAAAUGUAUAGCGAAUAUAAAUAUUCAAAACAUUCAUGAAAAUUAAUCUGUGUCAUCUCUUUAACCUUUACCCUGCUAAAUUUCUAAAAUGGACUGGUCCAUCAUUUAAUUUGGCAGUACCACUUCUUAUUGAAAGGGGUGUUCACAAAAAAUCACUGACUGAAUAGCAAACAGUGCAGACCAUGAUCAUCCUGCAAGGACGAAAAUUACCUAUUGUACACUAUAAUACAAUAUAAGGAAAUUGAACAAAAAAAAUGGAAGAAAGUCAAGUUAAAAAAAGUUGGUACGGAACUUGAGUAUCGGACAUUACUGAUAAUCUGUAUAAUAAACUGGUUAUAGUACAAAGUACACCAUAACAAACUGUAAUCUGUAUA